UUAAAUGACAGCCAAAGAACCAAUCAUAUUCAUGGAAAAUUACAGUACACCGACGUUCGACCAAUAAACACGCACCGCGGCGUGGUUAGGGCGGGCUUAGUUUACGGUGAAGGUUGUGUGUGAAAAGUGUACGAGUAGCAGGAGCGGAGCGGGUAGUACGGUGAGCUGUCCCUAACCUCGCCAAAAUGACCAAGCUGGGCUUCCUGCGUUUGUCCUAUGAGAAACAGGACACACUGCUGAAGCUGCUCAUCCUGUCUAUGGCUGCUGUCCUCUCAUUCUCCACCAGACUUUUUUCCGUGUUGAGGUUUGAAAGUGUCAUCCAUGAAUUUGAUCCGUACUUCAACUACCGUACCACCCGCUUCCUGGCAGAAGAAGGAUUUUAUAAGUUUCACAACUGGUUUGAUGACAGAGCAUGGUAUCCUCUGGGGAGGAUCAUUGGUGGCACCAUUUAUCCAGGAUUGAUGAUCACGUCUGCCGUCUUGUACCAUGUCCUACAUUUUUUCCACAUCACCAUUGACAUUCGAAAUGUCUGCGUCUUCCUGGCUCCCCUGUUCUCCUCCUUCACUGCCAUAGUCACCUACCACUUUACCAAGGAGCUGAAGGAUGCAGGUGCUGGCCUCCUGGCGGCUGCCAUGAUUGCAGUGGUGCCUGGUUAUAUCUCUCGUUCUGUUGCUGGCUCCUAUGAUAAUGAAGGUAUUGCCAUCUUCUGCAUGUUGUUGACCUAUUACAUGUGGAUCAAGGCUGUCAAAACAGGGUCGGUGUACUGGUCGUCCAUGUGCGCACUGGCCUACUUCUACAUGGUUUCCUCCUGGGGUGGCUACGUGUUCCUGAUCAACCUUAUACCCCUCCACGUUCUGGUGCUGAUGCUCACAGGCCGAUUCUCUCACCGCAUAUAUGUGGCUUACUGCACAGUCUACUGCCUGGGCACCAUCCUCUCCAUGCAGAUCUCUUUUGUUGGCUUCCAGCCAGUGCAGUCAUCAGAGCACAUGGCAGCCUUCGGUGUGUUUGGCUUGUGCCAGAUCCAUGCCUUUGUGGACUACCUGCGCAGCAAACUCAAUGCGCAGCAAUUUGAGGUGCUGUUCAAGAGUGUCAUCUCUCUGGUGGGCUUUAUCCUACUGUCUGCGGGUGCUGUUCUCAUGCUGACAGGUAAAAUCUCUCCAUGGACUGGUCGUUUCUACUCGCUGCUGGACCCCUCCUACGCCAAGAACAACAUUCCCAUCAUCGCCUCUGUCUCUGAGCACCAGCCCACAACUUGGUCCUCAUACUACUUUGACCUCCAGCUGCUGGUCUUCAUGUUCCCAGUUGGUUUGUACUACUGUUUUAACAACCUGUCCGACGCCAGGAUCUUCAUCAUCAUGUAUGGAGUCACCAGCAUGUACUUCUCCGCUGUCAUGGUGCGUCUGAUGUUGGUGUUGGCUCCAGUCAUGUGCAUCUUGUCAGGCAUUGGUGUCUCCCAGGUGUUAACCACUUACAUGAAGAAUUUGGAUGUCAGUCGGCCAGACAAGAAGAGCAAGAAGCAGCAGGAUUCAACUUACCCCAUCAAAAAUGAGGUUGCCAGUGGGAUGAUUCUGGUCAUGGCUUUCUUCCUCAUCACGUACACCUUCCACUCGACCUGGGUGACCAGUGAAGCCUACUCCUCUCCUUCCAUUGUCCUGUCGGCUCGUGGAGGUGACGGCAGCCGCAUCAUCUUCGAUGACUUCAGAGAGGCCUACUACUGGCUCCGCCACAACACUCCUGAGGACGCCAAAGUCAUGUCAUGGUGGGAUUAUGGCUAUCAGAUAACUGCAAUGGCUAAUCGAACAAUUCUAGUGGACAACAACACGUGGAACAACACACACAUCUCCAGAGUUGGACAGGCCAUGGCAUCCACAGAGGAGAGGGCCUACGAGAUUAUGAGGGAGCUGGAUGUCAGUUAUGUCCUGGUCAUCUUUGGAGGACUGACAGGUUAUUCCUCAGAUGACAUCAAUAAGUUUCUGUGGAUGGUCCGUAUUGGGGGAAGCACAGACACAGGCAAACACAUCAAAGAGCACGACUACUACACUCCCACUGGAGAGUUCAGAGUGGACCGUGAGGGUUCGCCUGUCCUGCUCAACUGCCUCAUGUACAAGAUGUGUUACUACCGCUUCGGACAGGUCUACACAGAGGCCAAGCGCCCUCCUGGUUAUGACAGAGUGAGGAAUGCAGAGAUUGGGAACAAAGACUUUGAGCUGGAUGUGUUGGAGGAGGCCUACACAACAGAGCACUGGCUGGUUAGGAUAUACAAGGUGAAAGAUCUUGACAACCGUGGUCUUUCAAGGACAUAAAAUCUUCUGAUGGCAGUGAAAACAGCAUUUUAGCGCACAGCACUGAACGCCUUCCCCUGUGGUCUGCAGAUGAGUGGGAAAGAGUACUUUUUAUACUUUUUGUUUAGGGGAAGAAAAUUGCAUCAGAGAUUUAGGUUUUUUUUGUGGAUGAUUUUCAUUUUUUUAUUUUGUUAUAAUGAAAUGUCUCAUCUGGGAUCAGAGGGAACUGGUGUCAAAACGUCCAGUCUAACGUCAGGAGUGUAAUUUGCCAAGAAGCGGUCAAAUGAAAGCAGUGUUCAUUUCUGAGCGCUUUGGAUUUUUACGUGGUCAAUUAAAGUGGGAUUAAAUGUGAUAAAAUUGUCUUUUUUUCCUUCACAAAACACAGAAUAAUCAGAUCUAAUCAGAGCAGUGUGGGAUUAUUAAAUUAUUAAUACCUUUAUUUAACCAGGUUUGUCCUGUUGAAAUCCAAAAUCUCUUUUACAAGAGAGACCUGGCCAAGAAUGGCAGUACAUACAGGUAAAAAUGACAGUUUUAACACACAAUCACAUUUAAACAUAGACAUAAAAAAUCCAAAUAAUUUUACAAGAUUAGUUAAAAUAAAACAUUUGCACUCCAGAAGCCUGGAUAUGAUUGAUCAUAGCCUUUAAUGCAUUCAGAGAUGCCAGACUUUGGAGCUUGAGCUCUGACUGCAAAAUGCUCCAUGUAGUUGGAGCAGCAACUGUAAAAGCAUUCUUCCCCAUUUCCAGUCUGACCUUAGAAACAGUGAAAUGCAGAAAGUCCUGCAUGUGGAGGCUGUAGGCCCUAAUAUUCCUGAUUAAAAGAGAUAAGAUGGGAUAAUCUCCUGAAUAGCCUUAGGGGGAAGUCCACAGCUGGUCGGUGACAGUUUUACGUAGAUCAGAUUCCAAUGGGUGUUUAACCGUUAUUCUGACACAACUGACAAUUUACUUGGUCAGUUCCAUUGCACUUGGUGGAUUUGAGUGAAAUCUGCCUAUGCUGAACUUAAACUUCCUCAUAGGAUAUUUCUUAACCUUUACAUUCAUUAUGACCAAAUGUGAGACAUUUAAAGAUGUAUUAAAGACUUUUUAGUCAAUUCACUGUCAAAACAUUUAAAAUAGAGUGUUUUAUUAUGGUACAUGUGGGGAUACAUGUCAAUUUUCUGUUAAAGGAAACUGUUAAUACAUUCAGAGAAGGAAAGAAAAAACGUGAACUAUAAGUUCUCCCCUCAAUACAAUAAAACAAAUAAAAUUACCAAACACAAAUCUUGCAGAUGAAUUCAGAUUAGUAUAAAACAUCUUGCAAGUAACAGUAUAAAGUGUCCAUUAGCUUUAGUCCCAGGCGUUUCUGAAGGAAUUUUUUUCUUCUUUUUUUUUU